AAAAAAAGCAAUUAACCUAAAAAAACCUGAAAACUGUUUACAUUACUUUUUUAAAUCGGAAUUGAAUCCAUAUUUUAUGUAUUAAACAGUAAAAAAUCUAAAGAAUUCUGGUUGCCCCACUAAUAAAUAACUAAAGUUUUUUCUCGUUCUGAGGCACAAGACUAAAGUAAAUUUUUCCAGUGUCAAAGGUCAAUGUUCAUAACAAAACAUACUUCAUUAACCUUGCCUAUAAACCAAUGAAUUUUUAAUUAUAAAACGAUAAUUUAGCAUUUUUAAGUCCAUCGUUGUUGCAUACGAACGUAGUUUAGGUCACACAAUAAAGCUGAGUCAUGGUUCAGGUGGAAGUUUUCACUACCUCCAACAAAAAAAUUGGAGAAAUUUCUGUAAGUGAAGAUGCAAAAGUCAGGGAGAUUAAGAAACAAAUCGCAGCAAUUUCACCAAAGCUCCCUGUCGAAAGGCAAUCGGUUAGAGCAGAGCAAAAAGGAAAAGACUUACAAGAUGAACUUAACGUUCAGUCCUUAGGGAGCACUAGAAAAAUCUAUGUUAAAGACUUGGGACCUCAAAUUGGCUGGAACACAGUAUUUAUUCUCGAAUAUGCUGGGCCUUUGGUCUUGUAUAACAUUAUCGCAACACAACCAUGGGUAUUUUAUGGAGAUAUUGCGGAUGAAAGUUCUUUAUCAACCACAGCACUUCUUGCUUUAGGUUGCUGGAGUAUCCAUUACAUGAAAAGAAUAUAUGAAACCAUCUUCAUUCAUCGCUUCUCACAUGGAACUAUGCCGUUAAGAAACCUCUUUAAAAACUGUGGAUACUACUGGGGCUUUGCCAUGUAUGUUGCUUAUCAUGUCAAUCACCCAUUGUUCACUCCACCUCCCUGCACAAUGCAAAUUGUUGGAUUAAUUUUGUUUGCGGUUUGUGAACUUGGAAAUUUGAGCAUUCACAUUUUGUUGAGGGAUUUAAGACCUCCUGGAACUAAAGUGAGAAAAAUCCCUAUGCCAAAUACUAAUCCACUGACUAAACUUUACAAUUUGGUAUCUUGCCCUAAUUACACCUAUGAAUUUGGUGCUUGGCUUGGAUUUACCCUCUUAACUUCCUGUGUACCAGCUGGUUUGUUUGCAUUGGCUGGCCUUUACCAAAUGUCAAUUUGGGCCUUAGGAAAGCACCGCAAUUACAAAAAAGAGUUCUCUGACUAUCCCAGGAAUAGAAAAGCUAUUUUGCCCUUCAUCCUCUAGUUUAUUAAGUUAAUGUAUUCCAUACGUAAUGGUUUAAAUCAUUUUGUUACAAUGUAAUAGGUGUUCUGUUAAUAAAACUACUGAUGCUUGUUUAAUAUUUUAUUGUAUUGAAAUAAUUUGGAAAUAAAGUUAUAAAAGUAGACUAAA